AUGCUUAAUGGAGGUUAUUAUGAAGGGGAGUGGUUCAAUUGUAUGAGGGAUGGCUUUGGAUUGCAUGUAAUAUUGAAAAAUUGAUUAGAGUGUUGGGCUGAUGGAGGUUUUUAUCAAGGGGAAUGGAAAGUUGAUAAAGCUGAAGGCAAAGGGAAAUUAGGUAUAUUCAUUAUUAUUAGCAUUUUUAGUUCAUGGAGAUGGAGAUAUUUAUGAAGGUUAAUGGGCAAAUGAUAUGGCUAAUGGAGUAGGUACUUAUGUACAUGCUGGUGGUGCUAAAUACGAAGGCGAGUGGUUGAAUGAUUAGUAGCAUGGAAAAGGAGUAGAAGUUUGGCCUGAUGGCUCUAAAUAUGAAGUAUUGAAAUCUCUAAUUAUGAAGGGAAUGUAUACUUUUGGAAAAAAAAAUGGAAAGGGAAAACUUUAAUUUGCAGAUAAUAGUAUCUACGAGGGAGAUUUUUUAGAUAAUGAAAUAAGUGGGUUUGGUAAAUAUACAUGGAAUGAUGGUAAAAUAUAUACAGGAAAUUGGUUAAAUAAUAAAAUGAAUGGAUAUGGUGAAACAAUAUGGCCAGAUGGAAAAAGUUAUAAAGGAUAUUAUUUAGAUGAUAAAAAACAUGGGCAAGGUGUCUUUUCUUGGAAUAACGGAAAAAGAUAUGAAGGAGAAUGGUCUAUGGGAAAAUAAAAUGGAAAAGGUGUAAUUAUAACUGAAACUGGAGAAAGAAAAGGUGGAAUAUGGGAAAAUGGUAGAAGAAUUAAAAUAGAAGGAGAAAAUGAUUAAACAGCUGAAGGAGAAACCUGA